ACCCCUUCAGCACUGGUGAAAAUAUUAAGGCUUGGUGUUAAAAAUAUGAAACUAGACCCACUGAAGCUGCCGGAGGAGUCCAUCGAUGUUCCAGUUUUGGGUGGCAUCAAGCUGCACAAUGGUAGCCUCACGGGCCUCGGCAGCAUUCGGAGCACUGGGCCGAACUACGUGAGAUCUGACGAUCUCGGCCUGGAAAUGCACGUCGACAUGGGCACUGGGCCUCUCGCAAUCAACUACACCACAACUCUUUCUGUGCUGUUUAUGUCUGUCGACGUGUACAUAUUUGUGGAUGUCGACAGCACUCGCAUCACGCUUACGAUAAAUGAGACGAGCGAUGCUAAGUUGGCUCUGCAAUCCUUCAAGAUCACCUCACUGAAGGGGCUUAAGACUCGACUACAAGCACUGAAGCUUACUGACCCAUUCACGAACACGAUCUUGCAAUCUGCAACAACAAUAUUCAAAGGCAUAAUUAGGGAGGUAGCCGAGGCCAUGAUUCGCGGCAUGAUAAACAAUAUGAUUAAAAAGGUGAACGAACAGCUAUGA